AUGGAAUGUGAGGGACCCCAGCUUCUACCCCAUGAACCCCACGCUGAGCAGGCCGCAUGUCUGCCCUCUCACUCCCUGCGUGGCUCCUGGAACACCGAUCACCAGCCAGCUACUCACCUCACACACAUCACCAUCCACCAUCACAACCAGCCCCGUUCACGUCACUGCCGGGUCAACCCCCUCCACCCCUUUCCUAACGAGAGUGGAACACGUGACCCGGGAAAGAUGGCGGCGCGCAGGAGUCAUUCACAGGAGGACUGCUCUGACAGCAGCAGUAGUGACGGGGAGAGGGAACGGCUGAAGGAGGCGGCAUGGGUGCCACCGGGUGUAAAGAAAUGUGUUCAGCAUCAGCAGGAUCCUGUUGUUCCUAUUACACCAAGUCUACGGGUUCGUCCUGACAACCAUGAGCAUGAUGGGAAUGAACUGCAAACUACACCUGAAUUUCGUGCACAUGUGGCCAAGAAGCUUGCUGCCAUACUGGAUAGCUGCAUUAAAGAAAUUCCAGGAAGCAGCAGUCUGCAAGAGCCAGAAGAAAAAACUGAACCUGAGGAUGAAGGUUUUCGGUUAUUAAGCACAUCCAUUCCUGGGGAACCCAGAACUGUGGCACCUUCUACCGUUCCAAAGCGCAAGGCAGCAUAUUCUAGCAGUGAGGACAGUGAAGAGGAAAAUGAGCGAAGGUGCCGCGAGGCAGCUGUUUCAGGGUUAGACAUUCUAAAACACAGUGCUUUACAUCCAGUCCCAGGUCAGAGUUCAGACACACUCAGAAAUGAUCAGCCUACAAAGAAACACAAAAAGAAGAAGAAAAAGGACAAGGGGCAGAAUGAAGGGGCUGAUACGGACCAUCAAGGUAUAAGGCAAGAGCAAGAAUCUAGCAUAGAGAGAGACCUGAACACUGAGAGUCAUUCAAACCUAAAGGACUUACGGCAAGAACAUGAAACCAAUGGCUUUAAAAAGAAAAAGAAGAGGAAGAACAAACAGAUUUCUGAUGAGACCAACUCAGACCAUUAG